CAGCGUCACACUACCCAAGCAACAAAGAUGGGCCGCCGCACCGGAGCCAGCCUCCUCCGUGCCCUGCUGUUCGCGUCGCUCUUCGCCGGGUUCGCGGCGCACCUCGCCGCGGGGGAGAAGGACUGCUACGACGAGAGGGACAGCGUCAUCCGCAUGUGCAAGUGGACCAUCAAGAAGGGGAGCCCCUACGUGAUCCCGGACAUGCCCUGCCGCCUCGAGGUGAGGAAGGUGGACAUGCCCUGCAUCUGCCGCGUCCUCACCGCCGCCGACGGGAGGAUCAUCAGCACGGAGAAGCUCGUCCGCUGCUCCCGCGAAGCCGGCGUCGCCCUUGUCAGAUGGAAGCGUUCUACUCCCUCGUAAGGGAGCCGCGGGUAUAUAUUGAUCGAGGCAGAAAGCCUCUGCCGUGGUGUACAAGAUUGCCUAUCGCUAGGAUACGACUGUCGUUUACAGAGAUAGAAAGUUGAACGAGAGGGAGAGAGAGUUUGUUGAGAUUACAACACAAGGUUAUUUUUAAGUCUAACACCCUCCCUUAAUCUCAACUAUCCUACAUUAAGAUUCUUUUUGAAUUCUUCAAACAGCUUGACUGGCAAGGCUUUAGUGAACCCAUCUGCUACCUGAUCUUUGGAAGGAAUGAAUCGUAUGUCCAAC